AUGAAUGCCUUCUUUGGCGGCCAAGGAACCAGGGCUAGACUAGAGUCUGCCAGCCUCUAUCCCCCAGACGACUUCGUCUGCUUCAGUCUCUGGUAUCAUAUGGCAUGCCAGGGUGACAGCAAGAAUACACUAACGGUGGCCUGGGAAACACCAGCUCUAACCCACGUGGUAUGGUCUUUUACUGGAGUAUCAGGAGAUGAAUGGAGUUAUAGGCAAAUCAGCUUCGUGGUUACUGAAGAAUAUAGGAUGAUGAUCGAAGGACUACUAACCGGAACAGAAUUCUGUGACAUUGCCAUCGAUGACCUGUAUCUAUUCAAUGGUGCUUGUAGUGCUGAUACUACCCCUCCACCACCAUUCACCUGCCUAACAGGAGAUGAGAAGGUAGAUGCAAGUAAGGUCUGUGACAUGAGAUCAGAUUGUACCGAUGGGUCUGAUGAAACAAAUUGCGGAAUAUGUACAUUCGAGGAGGAUCAAUGCGGAUAUACCAGUGAUCCGGCAGGCAUGUUUCCGUGGAUAAGGCAAGGGGGCGGAGUCUCCACAACACCUCCUCCCACCCUCUUUCUUCCUCCUGCAGACUCUGACGGCCCUAGUGGAACAUACAUGAUUGUGGAUAACACUGCGAUUCCAGUUGUGGGCGGAGCCUAUCCCAGGCUCCUCAGUCCCUGGAUACAGGAGGCGGGGUCUAGCUGCGUCAUGCAGUUCUCGUACUACCUUUCGUCAAACGACUAUAUCGCCGUAUCGUACACGACCUCACCCAUUGAGGAUACCAUCAUGUAUCGGACUUCUAUGAGGGGAUACUGGCAUCAAGGAAUAUUUAAUGUUGGCAGAAUCAUGAACCCCUUCCAGAUUAACAUAAUAGGUUUACCUGGAGUGGGCGGACUAGGUAGUAUCAUAGCAGUCAGCGAUGUUCUUCUGUCCAACUGUGGAUUCCGUGAAGCCGAGGAAUCCUGUGGAGUUGGUGAAUUCACCUGUACGAACAGGGCGUGUGUCGACAUGGACCGAGUCUGUAACUUUGCUGAUGACUGCGGUGAUUACUCGGACGAAAUGCAUUGUGACGAUGAGAAGUAUACAGCUAGAUGUGACUUCCAGUCCAAUCUAUGUUCCUACACGCACUUACCUGGGGAUUAUCUGUGGAUCAGAACGUCAGGAGCAACCACGGUCGACAAGCAGUACGCCCCCACACGAGAUCAUUCGUCCAACUCCGCAGGGGGUCAUUACCUUCUCGCGGAUGCAUUGGGAUCAUCACCGGGUGAUGUUGCUCGCAUUGCGUCACCGACUUUCAUUCGCACAGGGCUCACAUCCACUUGUAAGAUUCGUUUCUUCUUCUUUGGUAACGGACCUGACACUGGGAUUAUCAACAUCUACACUCGGUCGUCAGAUGGCGGACCUCUUGACCGUCUGGACGCGCUCUCUAAUUUUGCCACGGAUAGUUUUACUUAUUACGACGAGGAUUUGGCCAUUUUAGAUGAUUUUCAGGUUGUAAUCGAAGCGGUAGCUGGCAGCGGCCGUAACGGAGCCAUUGCUAUAGAUGAUAUCAGCUUCAUAAACUGUCAGCUUUCGAAUAAUCCACUUCCGGGUGGGAGCACACCAGCCCCGCCAACCACUCCCACCCCUUGCCCUAUACCCUCCGACUACCAAUGCGGUGAUGGUCAGUGUAUCCCCCCGGAUCAAGUCUGUGAUUUCAUCGUGCAAUGUAGCAAUGGACGAGAUGAGCAAAAUUGCGGUGCUUGUGAGUUUGAUGAUUUGCAGACGUGUGGGUCCGAAAACUUUGGGUGGCGUUUAAGAGAAGCUGGUUCCGACAUUGAUUAUCUUCCGACUGAUCACUUCAAUAACGCUUCAGAUCCGGGUUUUUAUCUAGAGAGCAUCUACGGCUACAACACGUUAACAACCCCUCUGAUUGGUCCCCCUGGGUCUGCAUGCCAGGUUCAGUUCUAUUACUAUAUGAGCGAUGCAACAAGUCAAUUAGAACUGCGGUUACGCGUAGAAGAUGGACCCCAACUCUUUGUGGUGAGGGGUACGGAGAAUCCUGGUACGUGGGAGUAUGGAGUUGCAUUUGUAGGAGAGUUCGAUGAAAAGAUUAAGAUAAGCUUUGAUCAUGUGUACCUGUUUGCUGUUGAAGGACUGGGCUUUACAAUGGCUCUUGAUGGGAUCAGCUAUCUCCAAUGCCUUGGAAACACCUCCGUUUCACCAGAUAUAAGCUGUACCUUUGAAGAUGGUCUAUGCGGUUACAUGCAAGGUUCGUCUCCAGAUGAAGAUGAUUUUGAUUGGGUCAGAGCAAGAGGCGAAACAGAUUCUUCUCAUACCGGACCUCGCUUUGAUCAUACUUCCGGCACAGGUUACUAUAUGUAUAUCGAAGCAGAUGGCCCAGCUGACGGUCAGAAAGCAAUUCUUAAAUCCCACCCACAGCGAGCUACCAAUGGAAACGGUGUUUGCCUGACAUGGUAUUAUCACAUGUAUGGACCUGAUGUAGACAGAUUCAAUGUCUACAUUCAACAGGGUAGUCUGGCCACGCCCAUUUUCAAACGGCAAGGCACCCAGGGUAACCAGUGGAAAUACGCGCAAUGGACUGUGACGUCAAACAUCGCAUGGGGGGGUCAGUAA